ACUUCACUGGUUACGCUACAUCUUAAAAUAUUUAUUUUAUGGUAAAAACCUGAGGAAAAUUGUAAAGAUAUUCUUCGGAUCAUCAGAUGUGCUGGAUGACAGUUCUUGGGUCUGAUGGGGGCGUUGUAUAGUUGUUGUUGGCGGCGUUACUGCAAUCUUGAUGAGAACCUAGAUGAGAAGAACGCUAUUUUACGAUAUGAGACUUCCAAAAUGCAGAGCAUCAGGACUCAGACCUCCAGAGCCUGCAUGUCCAGCCACAGUGACCCAAGCCCGGGUCAGGAGGGCCUGUCUUGGAGGACAGAGGAGCAGGAGUGGAUCCCCUGGAGCUGCCCCAGGACUUCCAUGGUAGAUCCAGAGUCGGACGGAGAGCUCCAAGCCUUUAUCACGAUGAGGAACGAGGCAGAUACGUACACAGAGGAGUGGGAGAAGCUCAACUAUGACAUCCACAGUCUGAGGUACACCAAGCGAGAGAUCAGCAGCCGAUGGAAGAAGAUUCUGACACAGCUAGGCUACCAGCGUGAGGUUGACUCUCUCCUGACGGUGAACAGACAGCUGUUACAGACAACACUGAGUGAAUCGGAUAACCUGAACAGAGCCAGACAGCUGUUACAGACCACUCUGGACCACUCUAGUUUGUUCCCACGAGGAGUGGCUAGCACAGACAGAUACCUCUUUGUUAUGGAUCGCUUGGUGUCUCUGGAUAGUGCAGAGGAUUUCAUCAGACUGGCGAAGGAGAAAUACCCAAAGAGCGAGAGUUGUGAAUGA